AAGAAAAGCCGCUGCGGACGAACGGAGAACCAAGUCGAGGGCUGUGUUUCGGCAUAUUGCUUAAAGGAGAACUGGACUCGGCUGUGCGACGUAAUCGUCCUACCUCUGGCGCAACGGACCAAGAGAUAGAGGCAAGAAUAACUAAAUGGCGUCAGAAUACACCUGACCGCAAUGGGGGACGGAGCAAAAAAUGGCUCCAAAAUCCAUCAGAAAGGCAAUAUGUGACACGCUGGAUGGUCUGGUGGAUGAGGACCUGGAGAGGUUCUGUUUCCAGCUGCUGGAUCGCAAAGGAAAGCGCGUCCCCGAGAGCUGGGUGAUGGGAAAGAGCCGCGUCCGGAUCACAGCGGUCCUGGUGCGAACUUACACCGACAAAGGCGCGUUAAAGGUGGUUCUGGAGACUCUGAGAGAGCUGGGGUUCAAGCAGAACACAAAGGAACUGGUUGAAGCCACGAAACACCUAACGUCAUCCACACCCAACACCAAACGCAAAAACAAAGCCAGAGGAGCCUCAGGUGCAGCGUCCAGUGAACCUGACAGGGCAGGAGGAUCAAGAACCAAAGUGCCUCUAGAUAAGGGCGACCCUACUUUCCGUAGAAUACCAAAUGGGAAUUUAGAGAUCAGUCGUUCACAGGAGGCUCGGGAUGUCUCAUCUCAGCAGCAGCCACUACGAAAUUCUAAACCUCCGGCAAAGAAACCAGAGGAGGUGGAGGCAGAGGCAAAGGAGAUGGUGAAAUCUGAAGGUGGAGAUCCUUUUGAUAAAAGACUGGUCCUGAGCCGAUUCACAAUUCAGUUUGGCCAGUACCGAGAUCAAACCUUUAAAUGGCUGUUGGAAAAUGAUGUGGAUUAUGUUGCAAUGAUUUUGGCCCUACACCGAAGGGAGAGAGAGGACGGAUCCAAGAAUCAGCAUCCACUAAUGGCAAAUAAGGAUUCCUUGGCUAGAUACGCGGCCUGUUAUCCUGACUUUGUGGAGCUCAUCAACCUGCACUAUGAAGGAAAGGCUCUCAUUGGCAUUGGAAAAUUCAAGAAUAUCGCUCUGCAGGAUCUGUACGACUCAGCUGAUAAGGAAAAAGUCAGCUAUGUCAACUUCCUCCGAGGAAAGAAGGAUUCCUGCAUGCCAGGCUCCAAAAUGGACGUCGCUAUUAGGUAUAUUUUACGGCGUGACCAAGAGAGGCCUGCUGUUAUGUACAGACUACCCACCAGUGGCACUCAACCUUCAGGCCCAAAGAGAUCGACCAAAAGGAAGAGAGGAGGGAACUCCAGGAAUGCGUCGCUGAAAAGGGGCACACAGAGGAACUGGUGAAGGCCAACCUGCAGCCUCGCUCUAGGAGAAGAAGAAACAUCAUGCAUUUCUAGGGUACACAUUUAUCAGGCGCAGUGUCGCAAACCUGGUUGGUUUCUCAAAUACAUUUUCUUUAGUGUUCAGUCAGACUUCUUACAGUGUUACGUCUUUUUAGUCCAAAGGUCCAAAGGGUCCGAUGGACUAUUGGUAUCAGUUGUCGUCUGUCCAUUGUCCAUCAAUAAACAAUUUUUUUAGAAUCUUCUCUGAAAUAGUUAGUCAGAAUGACUUUAUAUCUGUCGUGGAACAUCGUUAGGGUAAGGCCUAUCAAGUUUGUUCAGAGAAUUGGGAAAUACGGAUUUUUGAAUGUUUUAUGAAUUUUGAAAAUUUUAAAAAUCCCCAUUGUUUUAUAAUGGGACAGAUUUCAAAGUGCUGUAACUUGAAAACAGUUGAAGAUAUUGAUAUAAUUACUAUUGGUAAUAGAUAGGAAGUCACGUAUGGGCUUUCAUUUGGUGCCAUGACCUGUGACCUUGAAAAGUCAAAUGGAUGUAAAUGAAUGUCAGUUAAUGUCUUUAAAUUUGUUUUUGUUCUCCAGGACAGUGUCAGGAUCUGUGCCUGAGUGACUCUUUGCUCC